GUCCCUUUUGUCCAGCUGCUCUUUUUGUGAGCUGGUAGUAAAUUGUUUAACAGGAGCGUCGUGGCGGUCUUGAACGUGUUUGUCCACGUGUUUCAGCAGCUUCUGGUUUCCAGCAAUAGGCUGGGUGUUGUUAAACCUUCUGCUCUACUCUGUGCAUCGUGGAUAGCAUCACUGGGUCCGAGUUAUCCUGUCAACACGCGUUUUUAGGAGAUAAAGGACAUCGAUGCGAUGCUGCUGCUGCUGCGACGGUGCAGACGGCUGACUGCAGGGCUGAGUCCUGCCCAGGCGCAACGGGCCAGACCAGCGGCCUCCCCAGCCCCGUCAUGGUGCGGGGUGGGGGGGGGAAGCCGGAGCAGCAGUGGUGGGGGUGAGGACAGGCAGACCGCCCAGGACCCCCGCUGGAGGCCCGCCCUGGCCGGCCUGCUGGUUGGGACCGGCGCCGUCCUGGCCUACGGCCUCCACCACCACAAGGCGGAGCGGCCGUUGGCCCCCAUGGAGCCGGCGCUGCCCGUCUUCAGCCAGGCGGAGGUGUCCAAGCACGGCUCGCUGGAGGCCGGCGUCUGGGUCACCUUCCGCGGCGGCGUCUACGACAUCACCGACUUCGUGGCCAUGCACCCCGGGGGGGACAAGAUCCUGCUGGCGGCGGGCGGGGCCCUGGAGCCCUUCUGGGCGCUGUACGCCGUCCACAGCCAGGACCACGUGCUGGACAUCCUGUCGGAGUACAAGGUGGGGGAGCUGGACCCUGAGGACCAGGCGCGCCAGCGGGCGGUGGAGCCGUCGGACCCCUACUCCGGGGACCCCCAGCGCCACCCCGUCCUGCGGGUCAACAGCGCCAAGCCCUUCAACGGCGAGCCUCCGCCCGAGCUGCUGGGCGACAGCUACAUCACGCCCUCCGCCAUCUUCUUCAAGCGGAACCACCUCCCCGUGCCGCGCGUGGACCCCGCGUCGUACCGGCUGCGCGUGGAGGGCCUCCCGCGGCCCCUGAGCCUCUCGCUGGCGGACCUCAAGAGCCGCUUCCCCAAGCACACGGUGACGGCCACGCUGCAGUGCGCCGGCAACCGCCGCUCGGAGAUGAACGCCGUCAAGCAGGUGAAGGGGCUGAACUGGGGCAUCGCCGCCAUCAGCAACGCCACCUGGAGCGGCGCCCUGCUCAGGGACGUGCUGCGCGAGGGGGGCUGGGGCCCCGAGGCGGCGGCGGCGGCGGCGGCGGCGGCCGGCAGGGGGGCCCGCCACGUGCAGUUCGAGGGCCUGGACGCGGACGCGUCGGGCACCACGUACGGCGCGUCCAUCCCGCUGAACAAGGCGCUGAGCGAGGAGGGGGACGUGCUGCUGGCGUACCAGAUGAACGGCGAGGACCUGCCGGCCGACCACGGCUACCCGCUGCGCGUGGUCGUGCCCGGCACCGUGGGCGCCCGCAACGUCAAGUGGCUGGGCAAGGUGAUCGUCAGCCGGGAGGAGAGCGCCAGCCACUGGCAGCAGAACGACUACAAGGGCUUCUCGCCGGGCACGGACUGGGACACGGUGGACUUCAAGUCGGCCCCCGCCAUCCAGGAGCUGCCGGUGCAGUCGGCCAUCACGCAGCCCGCCGACGGGGCGGUGCUGGAGCGCGACGCCGACGGGGAGGUGACGGUGCGCGGCUACGCCUGGAGCGGCGGCGGGCGGGAGGUGGUGCGCGUGGACGUGUCGCUGGACGGGGGGAAGACGUGGCAGGUGGCGCGACUGAGGGAGGGGGAGGAGCAGGGGGAGGAGCAGGGGGAGGCCCCGCCCCCGCCGCCGCUGCCGGGCCGCGCCUGGGCCUGGAAGCUGUGGGAGGUGGUGGCGCCGCUGCCCCCCGGGGAGCAGCAGGUGGAGAUCGUGUGCAAGGCGGUGGACAACAGCUACAACAUGCAGCCCGACUCGGUGGCACCCAUCUGGAACUUGAGAGGCGUGCUGAGCAACGCCUGGCACCGCGUGAGGGUGACGGUCAGGGAGGACUGAGCACCCUGGCAACCUCAGCACCCCGACUCCCUCAACAACCUGGCACCCUCAACAACCUGGCACCCUCAGCACCCCGACUCCCUCAACAACCUGGCACCCUCAACAACCUGGCACCCUCAACAACCUGGCACCCUCAGCACCCCGACUCCCUCAACAACCUGGCACCCUCAGCACCCUGACACCCACAGCUUUGAGGCUGUUUGUGCAGCUUCAGCCCUUUGCUGUCCUCAUCCGGAUACAUGAAGUGCUUCUAGAAGGUUGCUUAUCAUCAGAUAGUCUUGAGGUUUUAUUGAGGAUCUAGGAAUGAAUGAAUGUGUUCGAAACAAGUAAGUAUUAUAUUCGGCAUUUGAACAAUUGAUUUGUGCUUUUUGUAAGACGUCUAUUUUUCUAAUCCUGACUUGAGUCAGGUCACUUAGCCAGAGUUUGAACACUUUGAAUCAUUGUUUCUCAAUUAAUCUUUUCAACUGCUGUGGGUCUUUUUCCCCUUCCUUUUGUCUUUUUUAAAUGUUAAAAGUAGACUUAUUUAACUAAUAUUUGAAACAUGCUCAAGUCAAUAAUUGGCUGUUCUUCAUGUUAAUGUUUGAACUGUAUAUUCAGUUUUGUAUGAGUACUUCUUUAUUUAUUCGACUUCUAAGCUGGUAAAUAAAGUGAAUGCUGAUCA